AAUAAAUCUGCGAUCCACUAGUAUUUUAUUCGUCGCAUUUUUUCUGACAUCCAUUUAAUCUGUUAAUUAAGUAAUCUGGUGACAGUAUCGUCUCGCAGUACGGAACCCAUCGCGAGGGAGACAAUGUCACGUCCACAAAUGAGAUCUCCUGUAUAUUCAAGAAUUCCAACCCUUCAUGGGAGGAGAGUAGAAAGAUUCUAUGAUAUUGAGAUACAUUCAUCAGUACAGUCCGAUGCAUGGAGAAACACAGAAUGUGGCAGUAAAGUAGAAAGUAACACUCACUUGAACAAAGAUCCCUAUCAAGGAGAGCACCAUCUUGACCACUGGGCCAAAUGUAUUGAUACGUUAGAGCAUGCUCAAAAAAAAGAAGCCUCGCCUAUAUCCAGAUACCAGGUGCAGGGUGAUGAUGAAAGGCCGCCUCAUUCUCCAAGAAGACUGCCUAGGGAGAGGCUACCUUCUCCUGAUCAUGCACAUUUUGAUGUGGAAGAGCAUUACAGGAUGCCAUCGCCAGGCUGGAACAGGAAUGAAGGCCUUGAUGCAAAUAUAGGCAGGCAGGAGCAUAGCAUACAGAAUCACAGAGCAUCAAAAGAUAGGUCUUAUCCAAGACAUUCAGAAGGAAGAAAACAUGACAGGAUGGAAUAUGGAUUUCAUAAUGAAGAACAUGGCGAUAAAUAUCAUGAAAAAGGCUCCUUUUCAGAAAGGUUAUCAAAGUCAGAUUAUAUUGAGCAUCAUCCAUCUUCUAAAGGAUUUACAGAUUUCGGUCUGCAGGAUGAGUACAGCAAACAUCACAGGGGCGUUAGCCCUCAUUGUGCACCUUUCAUUGUGGAGCAUGAUCACAGAUUUUCAAAACAAGGCUCGAGAGAUCCCCCAAGAUCAAGUAGCCGUCCAAGGAGCCGAGAUCCACCUAGGAGAAGUGAGACCCCAAGAAUCCAGGAACCUCAUCGAGAUAGAAGAGACCAAGGUCAUCAUACACAUACAUUACAAGGUAGGCACAGUGGACCACCAAACUGUGACAUCCGAGAGAAUUUAAGGAAACAAUACUCUUCUUAUGGGAAAGAAAGUCAAGUAAGAGAACGAUCAAGACAUAGGUUUCAACGUAGAAUAGAGACUCAUUCAAGAUACCCAGAAGGACAAAGGGAUUUGGAGUUGAUCGAUAUGUAUGAAAUCGAUUUGAGAACACACAGGAGUAACAGAGAAAGCGACUCUGUCCAUGAAUGGGAUGAGGAGAGAUCUCCUCAAGGGAAUCAUGGAAUGUUGAUGAUGGGACAACAGGAGGUUUGUCAAAGACCUCCAUAUCAAAGAAAUCUAAACACUAACACUGGUCCUGUACUGCUAAUUGGUUUCAGUGAACAGGAAACCCUCAAGAUCAAGGUGGACAUGAGUCGCACCGUUGGGCAAAGCAGGUAUAGUAUCAUUGUUGUACCACUUGGUUCUGGUUGAAAGUUCAUGCCUCUUUUCCUGUCCACUGUCUCUACGUCUGGAAGACAUGAUGAACAAACACUCUAUGAAUUGUGAAACAUCAGGAAGAUUCUCUGGAAUGUGUGGCAAAGAAUGCAGAAAACCUUCUGAAGAUUUAUGGUCAAAGAGUUAUACCCUAAAUUUAUACACAGUGUUAUGUAUAAACAAUGGGUAUAUUGCAUGGAUUUAUGUUGCAUGAAUUAAAAAUCAUACCAGAAGAAGCUUGCUGCAAGGAUGGGAAGAUUAUACAUUCACACAUCCACUUGAAUGGUUCUCUCCUAUAUUUAGUCAAGGCUCCCAGGAUAUUCCGUACUGCCCUCUGAAGACCUUUAAAAGAAGGAUUUACAGUGUUGUAAGUAUACUUGAAGAUAUCCACAGUCUUGUCCCUUGUGGAUUCAUAUAUCAAGAAUUGAAUUGAAAGAAUUGAGAGUUUUCACAUGUAUUAACCUUCCUCUUUGAGUGCUAUUACACUGGUGCACAAACCUUAAUUUCAGCCCAUGUAAAAUGUUUUGGACAUGGAAGCCACCAGCCUGGCUCAAAAAUAUCAAGAACCUGGACAGCUUGAAGGCCCUGAUGUCAUUUUCCAAGGCUAAUAGAUCUUCAAAGAGGACUGACAGAAGGACUACAUUGAAGUCUACAAUACAGGUGAUCAUACCCAAGGUUUUGCUAUAGAUAUUUGGAGCACCUACAAACUGUAAAAAUCCCAGGUGACUUAAGGAAAGUUGAUGAAGAUGUUGGUGCAAGAUACUCUGUAUUAUUUCUUGACCCCAACUACUAAGCUUUUGGGAUUGGAUCUUUUAUGUUUUGCAGUCAGACAUAUCUGUGGAAUUGUGUCUUCUGGAGAGGAUGUGUAUUGACAUGCCUUUCAGUUUCACACUUCAUUUUGAAUGGAAUUCAAUGGACUGAAUUGCCAUACUUUAAGUAAGACCAGAUCUGAAGGAAAUCCACCUCUUCCUGCUGAUUAUUGCUUCAUAUCUUUUGAUAAUAAGAAGUCUGAAAUAUUUGACAUGGAACAAUGAUCUCCGGUUGCUUCUGAAGAAGAUUUGAGAAUGGCUUAAAUUAACCCAAAGACUUCAGUCUCGUUACUUGCUGAAACUAAGUUACUUUUCGGUUCUUCAAGAUGAUGUCUCCCAGCCAAAAUACCAGUACCCCACAGGCUCUAAGCUCUAUUUAUUUAUAUCAGGACUGUAUUUGUCAAAAGGUAAGUCAUCAACAAUAAAAAUGAUCAACAACUGGUUUGAAGAAAGCAUUUAGCAUAAUUGAAACUACUUUGAUGCCUCAAUUGAAAUUUGAAGUCAAAUAGGUCUGCACAUGUGUUUGCCAUGUUUACAGUCUUCAUACUGGCUGUCAUUCCCUACAGAUGGUUUCUCCUGUGGCCAGUAAGGGCUUGGUUUAACGAAAGAAGAGGAAGCCGAAAAGCAAGAACAAAUUGAAAUCUUGGACUGGAACCAAAAACGUCUGUAUGAGCUUGAAUAUGCAUCUUGAGCUUGGCAUGAAGAGAUGUGAUUCACAGAAAAAACACACUGGCUCAAAGGGACUAUUCACAUAUGUAUGUUUUUGUUGAUACAUUUGUAACUUACAUUUGCAUUGAUGGACUCGUCCAGCAAUCACCCAACACUCUUCAACUGAGUUAAUGUUUGAACUUGUGGAUACAGCAAAGAUACUUUGGCUGAAGAAGACAGACUAGGUAAUGUUGCUAAUGUGAUGACCACAAAGCAUUUCUUUCACAACAAAGACAGCAAUCAGAGGAGCAUAAUAAAAAUGAUUUGCUCAAAUGAAAGAAAAUAAACCAAUGGGAAUGUUUCCGUGCCACUUUCUUUAUUUUGGUUCAGCGUUUCGAUUCUAGGAAUCGGUCAAGGCAUCUUAACAAACUCUGAACAUUCUGUCUGGCUGUAUUGUGUAUAGUUACGCUGAAAGACUAUGGCAGUCACCUGAAAGACUCUUCAUAUUAACAGAUGCACACUUGGGAAACAUGGCAAUAACUUGGUAUAUUUAAGGAUGUGUGGGACAGACACAAUUGAGGAAGUGGAUGCAAGUUGUAAAUGCAAAUUCCUGAAUAAAACUAGUGGAGGAAGUGGUUGUAAUAACAGCACACCACAGAUUUGCUAUAUUCCAAGGGAAAGUCCGGAUCUCAGCUGAACGUGAAGAGUAAUGUAUCAUUAUAGCAUAAUCAUUAUCAUCUUAUGAGAAGACGAGUGCUCCAUGAUGAUCUGUAAACACUGGAAAUCCUCAAGACUUCAGGAAUUUUUUUAAUUUUAAAGCCAUUGAGAAAUCCGCUCUAUUCAUUGAGUUGAUUGCCUCAGAGCUUGCCUCGGUUGGAAUGUGCUGUUUGAGAUGUGUUGAUGUGAUCACCAUGUGUUGACAAAGAGGAACAAAAAAGAAGCUUAAUAAAGGAUCUUCAUUGAUGGGGGGGGAAACAUAGUGACAGUGAGAGGAGAGGCAUGAAUUAGACCUGCCAUAUUUCUUAAUUACCGUUUUUAUAUAUAUAUAUAUAUCGGCAUUGUAUAUAUAAUAGCAGUGAAGGUUUAAUAUAGGACUAAUAUGUUUUUAUUGAUCUUAAGUCUAAACAUAUGUUAAGGCUAUGUACCUAUUAAUUCAUUCCAAAACACUUUAUACACCACUCCAGGAAUUUCUUCUUUCUUCUCAUUAAUUUAACUUUUUAAUGGAGGAUUUAACAACUGAAAUGGUUCUUGAUGAUAUAUUGCCUGUAAUUCAGUCAUUUAAGAUAUUCUUCAGAUAGGCAGUUAUCACUGGACUUGGUCAGUGUGGGUCGACAGCGCCUUGACUUCCUGCCUUUGCUAGAGCAUUCUGGAACCCAUAAAGAAUCGGCUUUACAUUCUGGGACAUUUGCCCAAGAGAUCAUCACUCUUGUGCAUAAAGUCAAAGGUUAGUAACCAAUGGAUUUGUCUUGUAGCAUAUUCCUUGUCCUCCAUGGAGUUAUAUUUUACAAUAUGUAUUUUUGUUUAAAAGUUUGUUUUGUAGAAAAUUACUUUAAGGGUCAAGGGAUCACACUUAACAAUCGGUUUUCAAAUUAACAAUAUUACUCAAUUCAGGAUGAGUUUAAGGAAGAGGAAGAAGAGGAGAUGGGAAGUGUGGGACCAGUCCUGAAUAUGUAAAUCUCUACAGCCUCUGCCUUGUUGGAAAACAUCAAUGAUUUGUACAAACCUCCAAUCAUGGAGAGGUGUACUAUUAUUGUUUUAUGUGAUCAGACUUAAGAUUUCUCCAAGUAGAAAUACCAUAAACUCACAUUUAUGAGACCCAAGCCAUGUCUAGUGAACACAAUAUUAUAAAGACUUGGGAGUGGACAUUUAUAACAUCAGAACACUAUUUUGUCCAUGCCAUUUUUGCAUGGGCAAGCGUGAAAAAGAAAAUGUAUGCUUCAGAAUAUGUUUUCUAGUUUUAUUAAUCAUUGUAUUUUUGGUAGUGGUUUCAUUUUUUUUUCUCUCUUUUUGUAGACCAAUUGGAAUGUCUUCAUCAGGAACUGAGAUCUUCUGCAAGAUAGGGCCAGAUCCGAUGCAAAGACAACAGCUUGUCCCUGACCCUGGUGACCUCCGGUAUGAUCUGGAGCGAAGAAGACAGCAGCGACUGGAAGGUGUGAAGAUCACCAUUGCUGGGGGCAACUUUACUCAAAUGGCACCGGAGAGUCAAGAGAGUGAGCCUCCCUAUAUGAGUGAGGAUCCCGAGGAGUCGGAAGGGAACUAUGGCUGGUCUGAACAAGCAUCUGAACAACCAAGGCAGUGGAAUGAUCCUCGUGAAAGAAUGGCAGCUCCCAACAGACAGAACUUAAAUCUGAGGGAGAAUUCUAAUCGCAACAGCAGACUACCUGGAAGAAGGAUUUAAAACGGUGGUGGUACUUCAUGAAGAGAAAGAUGACAUUUCAAAUCUGAGGUCACUUACAGCAGUGUUAUUUUGCCAUUACUGUUUCAUUGGUGGUUUACUGAAAUCAUCAUUCAAUGGCUUUUUCUGCACCUUCACCGAGACAACACUACUGAUGCUUUUCGUAAUAUCUUUUUCAUCCAUUUAUGAUUCCCCCACUACCUUUUGUUUGAUUUAAGACAAGUUGUCAAUGUAGUAAAUAUUUUUUAAUGUUUACUAUAUUACCGUUUACCUAACCCUAGGCUUUUAGGAUAGAAAAAAACAAAAUAGGAAAUGUUAUAGUGGAGGUCAUAGAGAUUAAUGAUUACUCCUGAAGACCUAAGCCUAAAGGCUCACGUAUACGUUGGUUUUCCAAAUGCCGCUUCAUCUCUGUAAAUUGCAUCUGCACAGUCCACGUGCUGUGUCCGCGUCUGUGCACGCACAUGAAGUUGACCAUACUAAAGAGUAUCGCAAAGCAGUUGUAGUGCACAUGCUUUGAACGCAUCCAUAUAGGCUCGCAGUCAAGAGUAUACUAGAGUGCUCAACUGUGUGUGAGACGUAAUGACUCAUGGGAAAAACGUUUACUGUUGCAUAAAUACUAGUCCUUUAACCUGCAGUCAACCUGGAAUUUUGAUUUUGCACUUGAUUGUCAGUUGAACUACGGUUUAGAAAUAGUUUAUGGUUUUUGAUAAUCAUAUGGAUUCAACUGUCACAGUUGAAAAACAAAUUGGCUGAAAUAUUUUCAGUGCUUAUCUUGUCCAGCUCUUACCUGAUAUUUAGAAAAAUAUUAUUUUUAUACUAAAAUGCACACUUUUUGUUGUUGUACCUACAUAUGACACAAGAUACAUUUAUAUCCUGUGAAUUCCACAUUGUAAACAUUGUAAAGAAAUUAGAAUUUCUUUUGUAAA